GCCUUCAUUUGUGAAGUUACUAAAAGCAACAGCCCCAGAGAGGAACGUGCUCACGCGUCCGAUGCUCAUGACACGCCUUAAGGCGCGCUUCGAUGCCCUGAAGGACAGUUUGCGCUCAACGUUUCAGAAGCUCCAGUUUGUGGCAGUCACCGCGGACUGCUGGACUCGCUUUCACAGGUGUUACCUUGGUGUCACGGUCCUUUGGCUGGACCCGACAACUUUAGAAAGAAAGGUCGCUGCCUUGGCUUGCCGCCGUAUGCACGGGAGCGUAACUUUUGAGCGGCUUGCCACCACUCUAGAGGAGAUAUUCAACGAGUUCGACCUUCUGGGCAAUAUUACGAAAGUCAUCACGGACAGCGGGUCGAAUUUCGUGAAAGCUUUUCGGAUCUACGGUGAGGAGGAAGCCAACGAUGAAGACGAAGAAAAUUGUCAGCCAGUGCAUUUGUGUUCGCUGAUCGAGAGCGCCGAAGAAGGAAGGCACCGCCUGCCACCCCACCACCGGUGCUCAGCACACACUUUGAACCUCAUCGCUACCGUUGACGCGGCUCGUGCAGAGACUGUUGAUCAGGAAUAUUCCACGAUUAAGCAAAGUGUGUUCUCCAAGUGCCAAAAGCUCUGGAAUAAGCAGGGACAGUCCGCGCAAGCAGCUGAUCUGAUCAAAUCCCACUGCGGAAUCUACGUGCCUCGGCCAAAUGUUACAAGGUGGAACUCUACCUUCAAGGCCAUGGAGGCUAUCAACACGUUUCUAGAAAGGGGAACAGACCUAGACGUCCUCUUCUGCAAGCUAGGAAUUCCGAGGCUGCUGCCACCUCACGAGCCCAACUUCAUCAAGGAGUAUUGCAGGGUCAUGAAACCUGUCUGCUGCGCCCUGAAUGUCCUGCAAGGUGACAACUACAUUCACAGUGGCUAUCUGCUUCCGACGCUGGACGUCCUCAUCAAGAAGAUCGAGUAUGAGAAGAUGGCUGGAUUGCGCUACUGCGGACCUCUAGCUGUUUCUCUGUUGGCCGGAAUUCACAAAAGGUUCGACAAUGUGAUGAGUCAGAAGGACCUGCUGGUUGCCGCUACACUGCUCCCGAGAUUCAAGCUGUCGUGGAUUUCGGAUGAAGCCAAGCGAAAUGCGGCCCUCGCGGCCGUCAAGAGCGAGCUGACAGUCUCUUCGCGGCUUGUCGAGAGCCCGGCUUCCCCACUAAAAGCGAACGCAGCAGAAGAGGAUUUCUUUGGAAACCCGUUUGGAAAUGCAUGCACCUCCGUGUCCGGGGAUGAUGAGCUUUCACGGUACUUUCUGGUACCACACAAUUUUGCACUGACGGAGCUAAAAAACAGCUUCCCUCUGAUGCACAAGCUGUUUCUCAAAGUGAACACGGCUGUACCAUCGAGCGCAUCCGUUGAACGCCUAUUUAGCGUAGGCGCGGACGUGUUUACCAAGAAGCGAGGUAGAAUGUCUGAUGCCAACUUCGAAAUUCAGCUGUUGCUGAAGUACAACAGCGGAGUGUGCUUCGGGUAACGGAGGAACUUGUUCACAGCAACUACCGGUACUUCGACAUGUUGUGAAUAAAAUACAUUCAACGUUUCAAUCUCGGCUGGUCUUAAUUUCUUUGCUAAUGAGGGAGGUCGGUUCUUCUGUUAAGUUCCGUGCCAACAUGUCAUAAAUCAGCUUCAUAUAUACUUCCGCGUUUUUCUUUUAACUAUUCGGGUGAAACCCUAAAAAAGAGAGCGUAAUUAAGUUUCCGCAUGGACAUAUUUUAGCUAUGGCGCUUACGCACAUAUCAAACGUCGAAACAGCAAAUG